UACAUGUGUGUGUGUGUGUGUGUACACGAACAAAACCAAACUUGACUUCCAAGGGACAUAUAUAAUUCUUUCUUCAACACAAUAUUCAUUCUUAAUUUACUUCCCCCAGAAUAUAAGCACGAAAAUUUUUGUACCGUUUUCUCUCUUCUGUUCCAUCUCCAUUUCUUGGAAAUUUACGCUGCUGCACGUAUAACUAACAACAGUUGAACAUCUUUAUGUGUAAUUUCUUCGUUUUUCUUUAGGUUGUGAGUGUUUAUGUGAGAGAGGGAGAGGGUGCAGAAGAGAAACCCCAAUCUGGGAUGGGCAGAAGAGCAGUACGUAGGUAAGAGAAAUGACAUGGUCCGAUGAUAAUGAUAGAAACAGCCCUCCAAAUUGUCUCAGCUAAUAACAAUGUUGUCAGUUCAAGAACUGAUCAACAACUCAGGGCCAUAGUCUGCCCUUCAUGCGGACACACCAUAAAACAUCAUCAAGAUCAUCAGAGUGGAGUACAAGAUUUGCCGGGACUACCUGCUGGGGUGAAGUUCGAUCCAUCUGAUCAAGAAAUUCUUGAACAUCUAGAGGCAAAAGUGCUCUCUGAUACCCGCAAACUCCACCCUCUAGUUGAUGAAUUUAUUCCCACAAUUGAAGGCGAAGAUGGAAUUUGUUACACUCACCCAGAGAAGCUUCCAGGAGUGAGCAAAGACGGCCAAGUGCGGCAUUUCUUCCACAGGCCCUCAAAGGCGUACACGACGGGAACCCGGAAACGGAGAAAGGUCCACAGCGAUGCCAACGGCGGCGAAACCCGAUGGCACAAAACAGGCAAGACCAGGCCUGUUUCGGCAGCUGGGAGAAUCAAAGGGCACAAAAAGAUACUCGUUCUCUACACAAACUACGGCCGGCAGAAGAAGCCCGAGAAGACUAACUGGGUAAUGCACCAGUACCACUUAGGCGACAACGAGGAAGAGAAAGACGGAGAGUUGGUGCUCUCAAAGGUGUUCUACCAAACACAGCCUAGACAAUGCAGCUCAUCAAGCAUGAAAGGUUCACUUGUGAUCAGUACCACAACUGCUAGAUCAAGAUCUCAUCUUUCUGAUCAAAACCCUUUGAUGAAAAACCCCAGUCUUGCGGAGUACUAUGGUCCUCCUCCUCCUCCCUUUAUCUCGUACACUACUGUCGGAAGCCAAAACAUUAAUCGGGACAGCCCACCUCCGAUGAUUCCCAAUUUGGUUGUCCAGGAUGAUGCCUCAUCCUUAAUCCGUUUGCCUUCCGGUGGAAGUAAAGGCAAAUGAUGAAGUUAAAAAAUAAAUUAUUUUAUCCAAAUCAAGUUUGAUCAAAUAUCAAUCACAUAGUAAAUAUAAUAUACUUAUCAUAAUAUAAUUGAUCAUUUUUCUUGAACUAAACAUCAAUUACAUUGCACGUACGCCCUUAUCAUAAAAUUCAGAUCUAGCCAAAUUUUAUUUGGAUUAGAAUUUCUAGUUAAAAGAAAAUGGAGAUAGGUAGGGUUAGUGCACCUUUUUUUAAUUUUGGUGGUGUACAUUUUGAUUUCUUUGAUAAAUUAAAUAAAUUCGGGGAAUUUUUAAUUUCUUGAUUUGUACUUUAAGGAUUAUGCUUUAGAAAUAUAAGCAAUCAUCAAUUAAUUACAAGGGGAUAUUAAAAUAAAAUCAAUUGAAACCCGGAUCGAGCCCAAAGACUAUAGUCCUAGUUUGAAAUAUAGUUGGGCCUGGCUUUCCUCAUUAUAUGGCCCAGUUAUGUUUAAAGUUCUCAAGGCCCAAAAGUUGAGUAAGUCUUGCAGAUGAGAAUUUGUUCAAGUUGUAAC